AUGGUUUCUGAUUCAACCUCAGAGUUUGUUAAAGAAGAAACUCUAAAACUUUCUCCAUUGAAGCAUCAAAUUAGAGAUUUCAAAACAGAAGAGAAAUUAAAAACCCAUGAAGUUGUGAUAGGAAGGAAAACAACAUCAUCGACAAAAAUAUCAUUUUCUCAAGAAAAAGUAGCCUCAUCAUCUUCUCCAACGGCGACAGUUCCAGCACUAUCUCCGACGCCAUCCCUGACUCCGUGCCCAUCGAAAACGAACGUGACCAGAUCAUCAAAACGUUCUAUUGUAAGAGUCAAGAGUUGUGCAAAUCCAACUUUAAAACCACAUUUAGGGCUUGACAACAAAAUUCCAACUCCACCGGAACCUCCAACAAAAACAAUUUCAUUUUUGCCUUCAGUACCUCCACCGCCAAUCUACGGUCGCUAUUCGGUACUACGACCACCACCGUCAAAACAACUUGAUUUGUUUAUAACUCAGUCUCCACCUCUAUUGCCUCUACCACCUAAAACCCCAUAUCUGCAAACAUCAUCGAAACAACCAUCGCCGCCGCCUCUAAAACACCAUUUUCAUUUAGCUCUCCGACCUCCUUCUAAACCACCUGACUUUGUUCGAGCGACGACAGUACCACCAUGA